AUGAGCUUACUAAAUCCCUUUAAUUUCACUAUUGAAAAUCAAGAUAUAGAACGUUAUACAAAACUCCUUGAAAAAUAUCCAGAUCUAAGAAAACACAGUAUCUUAAUAGAACGUCAUAUUCAAGGUCUGACUAAUAUUCAUUCAAUCAAUAAUUUCAAAGAAAUAUACAAUCUAACAAAAAAUAUUCAUAAUAAAGAAAUGUUAUUUGAUCAUUUAAUUGAAUAUACAGAAAUCAAUAAAUCAAUCAAUCAAAAACAAUUAAUCCCUGAUCCAAAAUCAAUACAAAAAUGUUUUCAUAUUAUUAAUACAUUAGAAAAAUAUAUAAAUAAAGAUCAAAUCAUUAAAUUAACCAUACCAAUACAUAUAAUAAAUGAUUUUACGAAUUUAUCAUCGAAAGAAAUUGAUAUUUAUAAUAAAUUAGAUAAAGAAAAAUUAUUAUUAACAAAAGUACGUUUACAAAUGAAACAAUUUAAUCGAUUGCAUAAUCAGACUGAUCCUGACCAUGAUCAUAAUCAAUCUUUAACAUUGAAUAAUAUAACAUGGAUUAAUUAUUUAGUUUUAUUUAUUAAUCAAUUAUUAAAAUUAUUUAAAAAAUCUAUAACAAAUUUAUUUAAUGAAUUGAAAUUUAAACAACAAUCAAAAUUACAAUUAAGUAAUGAAAUUGAAGCAGAUAGUCAUUAUGAUUUAUUAAUGUAUUCAAUGGAACAAUUAAAUAUUCAAUUACAUCCUUAUCAAUAUAUUAUAGAGAAUAUAGAUGAAAAUGAUUCGAAUAUCAAUGAUAAUGAUUAUUAUAAUUGGAAUAAUAAAUUAAUGCAUAAAACACGUAAUCGUGAAAUUAAUAUUAUCAAAAAUUAUUUAAUAGGUAAUUCAAAACUUCCAGGAAUAAUAUAUGGACCACCAGGUUCUGGUAAAACUAGUUUAUUACGAUGGACAGUGAAUUAUUUUAUGCAUAUUCAUUCAAAAUCUGAAAUCAACAAUCAAUCAAUAUCAAAUUCAAAUCAAUUAUCAACUCAUUUAACUAUAUCCCAAUCUAUCAUAGAACCAAUUAUAAUUAUAUGUUGUAUUGGUCGUACCUAUUUAUCCACAUCAUUACAAUCUGUAUUAUUACAAAUUAUUGAACAAUUAAUAAUGAAAUUUAAUAUAAAUUAUUCUAAUAUUAAAUCAUUAUGUGAAUAUGCAGAAAUUGUACGUUUAUUAAAUAUUCUAUUAAAUUUAGCUAAUCCAUUAAAACCAAUACUGAUAUUAAUUGACAAUAUAGAAUUAUUAUAUCCAGAUGAACAUGUACAAAUGUUUCAAUGGUUACCAUAUGAAUUACCUAAUCAAUAUAUCCGUUUAUUAAUCACAACAAAUUCAGAAAAAAUUAUUCAAAAUUUUACAAAACGUUUUGGUCAAGGUUGUUGUAUUAAUUUAUCAUCAUGUUAUUCAUUGAAUGAUAUAAUCAAUAAUAUUUUACCAAAAUUAAUUCGAAAACAUUUCAAUUCAAAUGUAUCAAUAAUUGAUGAAAAAAUCAAUAAUCAAUUAAUCAAUUUAAAUUUAGAAAAUAAUAUCACAUUAACUUAUAUAGAAUUAUUAGCUGAUAUAUUAACGCUACAAUUCAAUGAGAAAAUUCAUUUCAUUUUACCUGAGAUAUUACCUAAUAAUUUAUGUCAUUUAUUUAUUAUACGUUUAAAACAAAUUUAUUCUUUAAUGAAACAACAAAGUAUAUUACAUUUAGCAUUAUUACGUUUUAUGCCAUAUAUAGCAUGUUCACGUUAUGGUUUAACAAUGAAUGAAUUAAUUGAAUUAUUACAAAAUGAUAUCAAUAUAAUAGAAGCAAGAAAACAAUCUAAUUCAAUGAAUAUCUCAUUAAAAUAUUUCCCUAUUGGUUGUUUAUUGAAUUUAUUAUGUUCAUCAAUUUAUGGUAUAAAUAAAUAUUUAAUGUUUAUUAAAACAGAUAAUCGUUUAUUAAUUACAUUUACACAUGAAUCUUAUCGUUUGAAUAAUGGACAUGAUGAUUAUGAACAACAUACAAAACAAAUUGGACAUUCCUAUGAAAUAAAACCAAUGAAUAAUGCUACUAAUAAUAAUAGUAAUAUAGAAUAUACUGAAGAUUCAUUUCAUACCAUAUAUUAUUGGUUAUCUAUGAAUCAAUCAAUCAAAUUGAAUUCUACUGAAGUGAUAAUAGGAACAUAUAAUAAAUAUUAUAUAUGUAAUACACGUCGUCUUACAGAAUUACCAUAUCAAUUAUUUAAACUAGGUUCAGAGAGUAUACAAGAUCUAUUAAAGUAUGUUAUCUUUUCAUUUGAUUAUAUAUUCGGUAAAUUAUUAUUAGGUUUAAGACCAAAUGAUAUCAUUACAGAAUUUUAUUAUUUAAGACAAUUAAAUCAAUUAAGAACUAAUGAUGAAAUUAUGUAUUUAUUAAAUUUAUUAAGAAAUUUAUCCAUUAAAUUAUCACUGAUACCAACAAUAUUAAAUAUUGAAUUAGCUGGACGUAUUGGACAUUUAGUGAAUACAGAAUAUAUAAAUAUAAGUCGUUUAUUAUUAAAUAGUAUUGAUUGUGAUUCAAAUAAAGUGAAUUGUCUAUUACCAUUAUUAUCUAUAUGUUAUCAAUCACCAUUACAACCUGAAUUAUUAAAUGUUCAAUAUAAAUAUAAUGAUACAGGAUUUUCUACAUUUAUGAAUGAUAUAAAUAAACAUGAAAUGAAAGAAAUUAUAACGAUUUCAUCAGAUUCAAGAUUUUUAUUAACAUUAACAUUGAAUCCAUUGAAUCAAUCGAAUAAUAAUAAUAAUAAUAAUAAUACAAACCAAUUAAUUAUAAAUAGUAAUGAAGUUAUUAUUCAUUUAUGGGAAGUGAAUUCCUUAACUAAAUCAUGUUCAUUUAGUCUUGGUGAAUGGAUAAAUUAUAAAUUUCAUCAAGCCUAUAUGCCAAUACAUCAAAAUCAAUUAGUUCUAUUAACCUAUUCGAUAAAUGAUGUAAAUAAUAAAAAAUAUGGAAUUUUAUCAAUUAAUUUAGAAUUAGGUUAUAUUGAAGGAAAUCUAUGUGUAACAGAUCCAAUUCAAUUAAAAAUUUUAUGUAUAACACGAUCUAGUAUAGUAAUUAAACAAUAUAUCCCUAAAGGAAAUAAUGAAAAACAUAUCAACAAUCAAGAUUAUGCAAUUGUUUAUACUAUACCAAAUUUAAAACCAAUCAAUAAUAUAUUAUCUAAAGUUCCAUUACCAUUUUAUAUAUUACCAAAUGAUCGAAUCUAUUUUGGACCAUCAAAAUGGUUCAUUCCAAUGAAAACAAGUAUAGAAAAGAAAAGAAAACAACAAAUUAAUCAAAAUGAAUUCAAAGAGAUAAAUAAUAAUGAUGUACAAGUUCGAUUAAAGAAUGCAUUGAAUGAUGUAGUAGCAUGGAUAAAAUGUCCUUUAGCACCAAUUAUAUUUCAAGCAAAUAUUAGAGGAGAUAAUUUAUUUAUUGGAUGUAAAAGUUUAGGUCAAAUAUAUCGGUUUGAUUUAACUUUGAUAUCAAACAAAGAAAUUCGUAUUCUAAAGCCAAAUUUUGAGUUAAACUUGUAUAAGAAUCUAAAAACUAUACAAAUGAAAUCAUUAUCAGAAGUAUCAUCAUUAGAAAAGAAAACUAAUAUUCCAUUCUUAUGGGAUUUAGAAACUAUGAAUAUACUGGAUCAAGUACGUCAUCAAGUCAGUGUAAAAAAAUUAUGGAUAUCACCAGAUGAAAAAUAUUUAGCUGCAUUAUAUAAUAUUAAUGAUUAUCGUUUAAUAAUAGGUAUAUGGCAAAUUAAUUCAAGAUUAUUAAUUGCUGGUCUACAAGGAUAUCAUAAUAGUCAAAUACGAUUUGGUAGUGAUAGUACUAAUUCAUUUUUAAUACAUUUUAUUAAAUCAUCUAUAAAUAAAACAUGGAUUGAAUUGAUUGAAUUCAAUACUACUCAAUCAAUACAAAUCACAUCUAAUGUAACUAUGAAUAGACCAAUAACCAAUACUAAUAAAUCGAAUACAAAUAUACUUGUAAAAAUACAUAGAAUAGAUACAUUUAAAACUUCUAUCGAUGAAGCAUAUUUUAUUCGAGGAGGUAGUCUAAUCAUUGUAACAAAUGGAAGUAUUAUUUUAACAAAUAUAAAUGUACUUAUAUUAGGUUCAAAAAAUCAAGGACCUAUGGCAUUGAUACCAAUUGGCAAAAAAUUAUCUACAGUUAAUUAUCAUCCUGAAUUAGAUAUUGUUUAUUCAACUGAAAUUGGUAAUCAACAACUCUUCUCCUAUUAUAAUCUUAUAACUCAAAAAGUUAUAUCAGUUGAAUGUAUUAAACCAGAUUUACAAGAUGUUUUUAUGAAUAAUUUUGAAACAGACUUUUUAAUGACACCAAUAUUGGAAGAUACACCAUGUGAACGUCAUUUAAGUUCAGAUGGGAAAAGAUUAGCAUUGGUUUAUCGUGUUAAAAAUAUAAUCCAUGAUAAUAAAGGUGAUAAUUCUGAAGGAAACAUUUAUACAGAAUUGAACAAUGAAAAAAAAGAAUAUAAGAAACCAAAACUUCCAAAUAUAAAUUACUAUACAUCUUUACAAGAAAAGAAUAAUGAUUCAUCAAGUAUGGGAUAUGAUCAAACAGUGAUUCGUCUAUAUGAUUUAGAUAAUAAAAUUGGUGGCACUGGAUUACGAUGUCAAAUAUCUAUUAUUGGAGAAUUUAUAUUUCAUAUGUCAACAAAGUAUGGUAUAUACACUUUGAAACCAGAUCAUGCUAGUAAUACAAAAUUGUCUAGUUUGACAGAUCUACAUAAAAAUUAUUCAACGAAAGAUAUUCAAAAUAAAACUUCACUGAAUAAAAUUGAUGAGAAACCUCAAGCUUUACUAUCACGUUAUGAGUCUACAAAUGGACGAUUUUUAGGAUAUUCAUUUUUACAACAUCCAGUUAUUAAAGGUACACAGAUUAUAUUUAAUGAUCGAUAUUUGGUAUUAUGUUGUGGAGAAAAUGGACAAUGGAUCCGAAUGCUAGAAGCACCAGAUUUUAAAAAAUUAGUAUAUGAGAUAAAUUUACAUAAAUUAUUGAAAGAACAUGAUGAUUUUUGUCGUACACCUAAUGUUCAACGUUUAUUUACAUGUGAAGCACAACCAACUAAAGUCAUUAUACAAUAUUUAUGGUUAGAACAAGAAAAUUCAACAUUUAACAUAACAGUGUUAGAUUUAAAAAACAAACAAAAUAAUGAUUUAAUUAUUAGUCAAAUGUCAAUUGUAGAUAAACUAAUUGAUGUUUCCUCAGAUGGUGCUUAUGGUAUAGAUGCUAAUUUAAGAUUAAUUAAUUUUCAAAAUGGAAGUAUAAUGGCUUUAUUGAAUUCACCGAAUUUAAUACCCGGUACACAAAAUGAUCCUAUUGUAUUAUGUGCCCAAUUUACACCAGAUAAAUUAUACAUUGUAUGUGUUAUAUACUCAAUGGAAUAUCAUAAUGCAUGGCUUGUUAUAAUACACAAUAAUCAACUUCAUAAUAACUAUUCAGUUAUUGGUAGAGCAUUAUUAACACCAAUUGAUGAAGUUAAAUCUAAUUUAUCAGAAUUACCAUCAAUCAAAAUUCAAUUAGGUUAUAAUGGUCGAUUAAUUGUUGUCAAGUUAGAUACUUUUAAAGAAUUUAAAAUAUUCACUAUAAGAAAACAAACAAAAUAUCCAAGUGUAAUUCAUUCAACUGCAAAUGAUCGAAUUAAACAUUUAUUACCAAUAAAUAUGAAUACAAUUGAUGAAAAUAAUUCAUGGUCAAAUAAACAAAAAAGAGCAAAAUAUUUAGAUGAAUUAUUUACACGUUUUUCAGAAUCAUUAUCAAUCAAUAAUACAAUUAUUGGAACUAAUAUUGAUUAUAAUAAUGAUUUGAUCAAUAAUGAUAAUAAUAAUAAUAAUAAUAAUAAUAAUAAUAAUAAUAAUAAUAAUAAUGAAAAUGAUCAUAAUGAAGAAUUAAUUGAUUUUAGUAAAUAUGGUUUUGAUUUCAACUUUAAUAGUAAUAUGUUUGAUCAAGUUUAUAAUAAGAUAGAUAAUAUACCAAUAUAAUAGUUACUAUUAAUUGAUGAAAGGAAUUUAAUUGUGUAUAAGUUUUUAUAGGUUCAGUUAUAUAGUAAAAAUACAUGUACACCCCUUUAUACCUUAAUAAUGUGAAGUCCUACUGACAAGAAGAUGACGCCUGAUGUGUUUUAUAAUCUAGACUGCAGAAUUCUUUGUUUGUUUACACGUUUAAUCUAUUUUAUAAUGAAAAUCAAUAAAAAGAAAUUUUACCUGUAUUUGAAUAAAACUGUAUAGCAAAAAAUGAUUUUGCACAAACACAAUUUAAGAAAUAAAAGAAAUGCAUAUCUUUUGA